CAAAUUCACGCGUUUGCACUCAACUGACGCGCGAACAGGGAGGGGGGCCCCUGCGUAGUAUUCUCCCUCGGAGGGCUCCUUGUCCCGCAAUGGCGACGGACCGUGCUGCCUGGCUGUUUUCUGGUCCAUCCGUCGCUCGAGAAUCAAGUCCUUGUUCUGUCCGUUCCAACUAACCUCUCUGUUCUCGGCGAGGGAACUAUCCACUCAUCGUUCUGGUCUAUCUUCUACCCAUUUUCCCGGUGGGUGAUUGCCAGACAUGCAACCUCCCAGCCCCAACGACAGCGCCGGCUGGAGUCGUCCUUCGCCACCGACGACCUCCACAGCAUCGGAUGGCCGCUCAGCCUCGCCCUCCCCGGCCAACACAAUAUUUGAGAGUCUAACCUCCAGCGACGCCAGUGGGUCGACUACAGUCGCGGACGAGCACUACAACCAGGAAGACAUCUAUGCCUGUCAACGGGUGCAUUUCCGAAAACCACACGUAACCACCGGCAAGGACGGCGGAGAGUCACUGCCAAAAUCCCAUUCUUACGCGUCGGAGGACAAACUGCGGGAUGUCAAGUCGCAGUCGUAUCAAGAAAGCACAGUUCCCACGUCCGUUCGGCCACCGGCCUCCAAGCUAGAAUACCUCGACGGUGCACGGGGUGUCGCCGCCUGGAUAGUGGUCAACGCGCAUCUGCUCUCCUACCAACUCGAUUACGUUCCCACGGUUGACAAGUGGUCGCCUCUGUGGAACGGGCUGGCGCGAUGCCUGGUGGAGGGGAAUUUUGCGGUGUCCUUCUUUUUCGUCCUCUCGGGUCGCGUCCUCGGCAUCGGUUACAUGAAAAAGCCUGCGACGGACAGGUUGGCGAGUGCGUUCCUGCGCCGUCCUGCUAGAAUGAUCAUUCCGGUUAUAGGUUCGUUGUGGCUCAACUGGGUUGUCGAUAGCUUCAACGGGUAUGGAUACGCCGACCUAGCUGCGGAGCGAAUGGGGACAUGGGAGGAAGUAGCACGCCUUGCCAAGCAUGCGAGACCUGGGUUCUGGAAGUCGGUCUUGAAUUCGAUCUCUUGCUUCCUUCCGGGAGGUCAGUCCGGGAUUUGGCCCAAUUCGCCGGUGUGGACGAUAGGCACCGAGCUACAAGGCUCCUUCCUCGUCUUUGCUCUUGCCCUGAUUACUCAAGCCUACCCACACCACCGAUUCCUUCUGCACGCCAUCCUCACAUUCUGGUUCUUCUGGACCGAAACAUGGGCUGCUAAUUUCGCGGCGGGCCUCUUCAUCGCCGACCUGGCUCAUUCAGGCUACCUGGCUCGACUGAGAUCCCACGCCUUACUCAUCUGGCCCGUCCGCCUCUUUCUCGCGAUCGCCGCGUUCGGCACAUGGAUAAAAUCGCCAUAUUCGGAACGCAUCGCCAGAUGGACAGCGAGCUGGGCCUUUGACUACCACGGCGAUGGCCGCCUUGGCAUCGGCCGCGGCUUGCCUGAGUGGUGGGAAUGGGACAUAGCGUACUUCUACGCGGCCUGCGCCUUCAUCCUCCUCUUCGAACUCACGCCUUCGCUCCAGCGUGUCUUUGAGACCCGCCCGGUGAAGUUUCUUGGCAAAGUCUCUUUCGGGCUUUACCUGACACACAUUAUCGUCUACGCGUCUUUUGGAUCGAUGCUGCUUGCGUGGAUUAACAACCCAGACGCGCUCAUUGCACGCUACUCGACGGUCAUCUUCAGGAAGUGCGUGGUCUAUAUGUGCUGCAUGGCGGCGAUGCUGACUGUGGCGAACGGAUUUUAUCACACGUUUGAUAAGUGGAGUGUGGACGCUGGGAGGUUUCUGGAGACGCUUUUGAAAGAUCCGGACUGGUCGGCUGCAAAGACAUUGAAAUGGUGUUGCGAGAGCGCCCGGGUGCUGUGGCUUUCGGCUGUGUGGUUAGUGGUGUGGUGCGUAUCGACGGCAGUAUGGAUUCGGGUGAAGAUACCCGAGUAUGUUGGGAGAUACCGCGGCGAAAUGUAUCGGGACAUCAAAGAUAUUGCCACGAUUGCUUGAGCCGAAGACUACCCUCUUUUGAUGGGAGGUCGUAGCGGCCGGGACUCUGCGUACGUCGCAUAUCUUCUGGCUACUGUAUAUACACGGCUUCUCUGGUGGCCAUCUAUCUUCAGUUGCGAUUGGGGCCUAACUCUAUGUAUAUAUGUUGUAUAAUAUAUAGCUUUUUAUAAACGAUCACUCGACUCACACACCACGACUCGGAGAAAUGUCGGGUUAGGAGAGUUUUAGCAGUUCGAAAAGGGAUAUCAGCACCUGUCAUUGCGAAACCUACAUUUGCAUAUGAUGUUUCGCGUCGUAGAUAAACGUGGC